GAUGCACAGUAUGAUCAACUUUAGUUCACAGAAUCAGUAGGCAGUGUCGGGUGAUUUGAAGGAGUCAAGUCAGUGCGACGCUGAUGAGACUCCAUCGGUGUCCAACUCGAGAGGCUUUGGGUCGUGUUCGGUACACUACAAAUGAAUAGAUUGCCACCAUCGAUAGCUCCACACAGGCAUCUCGGAGACGACAAUGAAGGCCACCGGAGGGGCAUGGGAACCGUUCCCUUCACGUGAGCUACCAAAUCAUACCAAUUGGCCGACUAAAAUUUGAAGAAACGGACACGGCUUCCAUUCGUCUCGAGUGCUCUGCUGUUCUUCGGAGUCUCUCUCUCUCUCUCUCUCUCUCUCCGCCAUGAGGGUUUACAUCCAUCUCUGAGACUAGCUGAGACUCACUUCCACUGAUUCCAGUGACUGCUCACAUUCGCAGCCGCCAUACUCAUGGUUUGCCUCACGAGACCUUCCUUUACGUCAAUCUUCCACAGAACCACCCCCUGUCUACCAUCUCUCCACCGCCGCCACCACCACCAGCUUCCCAUCCUCAGUUCCAACCAGGAACCAAGAAGAAGAGCUGCUCGCUUUGACAGGAAAGCCCAUGCCAUAAGACCCCUGGCGAGCCCCGCACUCGGGUCUUCUUCGCUCGCCAAGGAGGGUACAGGCGGCAACGGCACUGAUGCUGGAAGGCAGGUGUUGGCCUUGUGUGGGUUCGGGUACUGGGUGCAGGGUUUCAGGUGCUUCCCAUGGCUGGCCCUCAACUUCCACCUGGUUCAUGCCCUCAACCUUAGCCCUGCCACACUUCAGCUGGUUCAGAACACCGCCAACCUCCCCAUGGUGGCCAAGCCUCUCUUGGGUGUCAUCUCUGAUGCCGUCUACAUCGGGGACGCUCACAGGCUCCCGUAUAUGUCCAUUGGAGUCAUAUUGCAGCUUGUGUCAUGGGGAACACUGGCAUCGAUCCCUGUCACAGGAGAAACAUUUCCAACCCAAGUCACAUGCAUUCUACUGAGCAAUCUCGGGGCAUCCUUCGCGGAAGUUGCUACAGAUGCUCUGGUUGCUGAAAUCAGUAGAACACGGAGAGCAGGUGAACUCCAGUCUUACGCAUUCAUCGCUUUGGCAGCUGGAGCAAUGUUAGGCAAUUUGUCCGGUGGAUUCCUCUUGCUGAAAACCCAAGAGCCGCAGAUCCUGUUCGUCAUCUUUGCACUCCUCCUCUCUGCCCAGCUUGCGCUUUCCUUGACCACGAAAGAGACGUCCAUCUAUCUGCCCCAUAUCUCGAAUCAUCGCCUAAUCCCCAGCUCCCUAUCUGAAAACCUCAGCAAGCAGUUCUCCAAUCUCAUCACAGCGAUCAACGAGGAAAGCAUCUCCUAUCCUCUUUCGUGGAUCGUAGCUUCGGUUGCCGUCGUUCCCAUUCUCUCAGGCUCCAUGUUUUGCUUCCAGACACAGUGCCUAAAGAUCGAUCCUGCCGUCAUCGGUCUGUCGAAAGUUAUCGGCCAGCUGGUGGUUCUCUCGGCGGCCUUCUUCUACGAGCGAUACUCGAAGAGAUUGCCGAUGAGGAGACUGAUAUGUGGAGCACAGAUCCUCUAUGCUCUUUCCCUGCUCUCCGACCUGAUAUUGGUGAAACAAGUCAACAUCAAGUUGGGCAUAUCGAAUGAAGCUUUUGUGCUGUGCUUGUCGGCGUUAGCGGAGGCCAUCGCGCAGUUUAAGAUGCUGCCCUUCUCGGUUAUGUUUUCGCGGCUAUGCCCGUCGGGUUGCGAAGGUUCUCUCUUAGCAUUCUUCGCUUCGGCGAUGUGCUUGUCGUCUAUACUGGGUGGAAUUUUUGGCGUCGGGCUUGCCUCCUUGAUUGGGGUGACCUCGGGGGAUUACUCGAGCAUGGCGACAGGAAUUCUGGUGCAGUUCGUGGCUGGUUUAGUUCCCCUUGGGUGGACAUCCUGCAUACCUAUCACGAGGAAUCUGGAGGAGAUGAGGAUGGCCAAAAGGAGAAGAAGAGCUUGAUAUAGUAGAUUGAAACUGUGAUUCUGCAUGCCUUUUGUCGUUUGACUUUUUCAGUAAUUAUUUAGGGAUAAUUGUUGAAU